AUUAUGUCCCUCUUCGUAUUGCAAUAUAGAGUGAGAGUGAGAGAGAGAGAAGGAGAGAAUCUUUGGCACAGGCAAGGGAUAACGAAGACCCAUACCCAGAUCUUCAUUCACGUUAAUUGCCAAAGCUUUUUCUUCCCUCACUCUUUUCGGAUCUCAUUAUGUCUAUGGAAUCUCUCCCCGAUGCCCUACUUCAAUACAUCUUGUCCCAUAUCAGUAAUGCUCGUGAUGUAGCAGCUUGUAACUGUGUUUCUAAGCGAUGGAAAGAUGCAACAACUUAUGUCAGAACUCUCUAUUUUCCUCGCAACUCAUUUGAUAACCCCUCCAGUGGUGAAAUUCCGGACAACAUUGUGCAGAGAAUGGUAUCAAAUGUUGUAAAAUUAGAAGAGUUAGUGGUAUAUAGCCCUUUCUCCCCUUCAGGCCUUGCUUCAUGGCUGUCUCUUGUAGGUCAAUCACUCGCUCAGCUUGAGCUUCGAAUGGACAACCUUGCUGAUAACCAGGCAUCACGUGAAAGUCCAUCAAAGUUGGACUGCAUUGGGGCAGCAAAGAAUUUGGUGUCUCUAAAAUUGUGGGGUGUUUUAAUGAUAAAUUCGCCAAAAUGGGAUGUCUUCCAAAAUCUUAGCACCCUUGAAAUAAUUGGUGCAAGAUUGGAGGAUCCUGUAUUGACUGUGGUGCUUCUAGCAUGUCCUUAUCUUAAACGGUUGCUGUUGCUUGGAUGUGAGGGGGUUAGAUCAAUUUCAAUUGAGCUGCCAUAUUUAGAGGAGUGUAAGCUUGAUUUUUAUGGUCUGGGAAACUGUUCACUUUCUCUUAUCUCUCCGAAAAUUGAAUCCCUUGAGGUACAAGGCUGUAGUUGGAUCAGGGUCCCUGAAACCGGGCAUUUGAAGAAGCUUUCAAUUUCCAACAGUUCGGGGAGGGUAUACAUGAUAGAUUUCGGAAACCUCAAUGUUCUGGAGUUCCUGUCGAUGCGGGGAGUCCAAUGGUGCUGGGAUGCAAUAUGUAAAAUGCUGAAAUUGGCAAGUGAGGUGAAGCAUCUUUUUAUGAAGGUUGAAUUCACAGGGGACUUUGAGGCUCUGCAACCCUUUCCAGAGAUUGAUUUUGUUGAAUUUUUCAAUAGCCAUCCAAAGCUGCAGAAGUUUGAUAUCCAUGGAGCUAUGUUCGCAGCUCUGUGCCAGAGGAACAGUCUGAAACAUGUUGAUCCUGGGUUUGUCAUCCCAUGUUUGGAGGAGGCUGUAAUCACUGUAAGAUCACCACUAAAUGCUGAACAGAAAAUCAGUACUCUUGAAUCCUUGUUGAAGUAUGGGAAAAAUUUGAGGACCAUGGUUAUAAAGAUUCUUCAAAUGAAGAGCUGCCACACCAGUGCUGAUGAUUUUUUUGAUGAGAUUUGCCGCUUGAGAUACAUGAACCAUGAGAAGGUACGAAUAGAAUAAAGCUUAUAGAAGGCUAUCAUUGUUUCUUGAUGCAUUCAUAAUAUAGGAAGAGGGUGAUGAACCUUGUUUCACUGGCAAGGUUGUUGCCUUAUGAGUUCAAAUCUUAGAAAUAGGCUCUUUAUUUGCCUGAAUAAGGUUAUGGACUUACUCUCCCAUUAAGUGGGUGAGUCUUGUGCACUAGUCUACACUUUUUGUUUUUCAUUUUUGUAUUGUCAAAAGAGACUUUUGUUGUUCAUUUUUAGCUUAAGUUGGACUACUCACUGCUGAAUUGAUGUAUGGUUCUCAAUAUUUCGGGGAGCUAAUUGACUUUGUAAACUUCUAAUGUAUU